CAAGACUUGGCUAAUUCCAUUGGUAUUUUAAGUUAGUUUAAUUGCGGCCAACGCAGAGUAAAGAGUCACUAAAAUGGGCCACACAAAGGAGAGGAUUAAGGACUCGAUCACCGCGGAACGAGUUGCCAUAUUCUUUGGCCUGCUGUCCACCUGUCUGAUCGUUGCUCUCGUAAUUGUGGUCGUCCACAGGGAUAAUUUGUGGCUGCAGUUGGAAGAAGCCAAAAGGAUGUUGGAUGUUCUGGAGGAAUACAUUCAAAGUCACUUGCUGACUACAGUUUAUGACAGAAAACAAUAAAAAUGAGGGGUUCCAAAUCUUUGUUGAGAUAUACAACUUUUUAAAAAGGUUUUCAGGUUAAUAAAAAAGGUCUUAACUUUGUAGACUUUAUUAUAAAUUAUGAACCCAAUUUCGCAAUUUUCAGUUAGUAUAUACCCCAUAAGGCUAAAUUGUUGCAACGAAGUCCACUUUGUUUACGACCUGACCACACCACCUUAUCGUGGCAUUGCUCACUUUAUAGGGCCACAAGCUCAUUAUCGAUCGGGUGGAUAUUGAAUAAUCUU